GGGCUCUCUGGGCUGACUGGGAGGGAGGGGAGAAGUUUGCAUGCAUUUAUCCUAAGCCUGUUGCUUUUGCUCCUAAAUCUCUCCGACGGACUGAGAGAGUGAAUGUUUUGCAGAAAGUUUUAUUAUCUGAUGUGAUUGCGAAGGGAAAGAAGUAUGUGAGUGACAGAGGAUAUCGAAGCUUUGGCUGACAUAUUUUGCUUUAAAGCAAAUAUCUCUCUGCUGUCUGAGCCUGACCCAACAAGGACAGGAAAGGAGAGAACAAAUGAUCUCAAGGCUCUUCACUCUCAUUAGCAGUGUCUCAUCAAGAAACUAACAGUAUGUUUAUCAGUUGCAUUUUAAAUCAUCCCUGCCUGCUUCUAGAAAGGGAAACACUAUGAGAUUUUUGUUUUGUUUCUGCUUUCAUGAGACUAUGAAGAGACGUUUAUUAAGUAUGGCAUUGCCGGCGGGAGCUAAUGUGAUGGAACUGAUCUGACUUCCAACAGGUCUCAGGAGCAGCCUAACUGUCUUCUCCAGUAACAAGGCCUGGGGUCAUCAUGGCAGCAGGAGUAGCAGCAUGGUUGCCCUUUGCCAGAGCAGCUGCCAUAGGAUGGAUGCCAGUGGCCAACUGUCCCAUGCCACUGGCUCCAACGGAGAAAAACAAGAGGCAGGAUGAGCUGAUCAUUCUCAAUGUGAGUGGCAGGCGUUUCCAGACCUGGAGGACUACACUGGAGAGAUACCCGGACACUCUCCUGGGCAGCACUGAGAAGGAGUUCUUCUUCAACGAAGACACUAAGGAGUACUUCUUUGAUCGGGACCCUGAGGUCUUUAGGUGCAUCUUAAAUUUUUAUAGAACUGGCAAGCUGCACUAUCCCAGGUACGAGUGCAUCUCUGCUUAUGACGAAGAGCUUGCCUUCUAUGGGAUCCUCCCUGAAAUCAUUGGGGACUGCUGCUAUGAAGAGUACAAAGACAGAAAGCGGGAAAACGCGGAGCGGCUGAUGGAUGACAAUGACUCAGAAAACAACCAAGAAGGGUCCAUGCCAUCCCUGAGCUUCCGGCAGACCAUGUGGCGAGCCUUCGAGAACCCCCACACCAGCACCUUAGCCUUAGUCUUUUACUAUGUCACCGGUUUCUUUAUUGCUGUCUCUGUGAUCACUAAUGUCGUGGAAACUGUCCCUUGUGGCACGGUGCCUGGGAACAAGGAGCUUCCAUGUGGGGAAAGAUAUGCUGUGGCUUUCUUUUGCUUGGACACGGCUUGCGUGAUGAUUUUCACAGUUGAGUAUCUGUUGAGACUCUUUGCGGCCCCAAGUCGCUACAGAUUCAUUAGAAGUGUGAUGAGCAUCAUUGACGUGGUGGCCAUCAUGCCGUACUACAUUGGCUUGGUGAUGACCAACAACGAGGAUGUCAGCGGAGCCUUUGUGACACUAAGGGUUUUUAGGGUUUUCAGGAUUUUCAAGUUCUCUCGCCAUUCCCAAGGCUUAAGAAUCUUGGGCUACACUUUGAAGAGCUGUGCCUCCGAGCUUGGCUUUCUCCUCUUUUCCCUCACUAUGGCAAUCAUCAUCUUUGCAACUGUGAUGUUUUAUGCAGAGAAAGGGUCCUCGGCAAGCAAAUUCACCAGUAUUCCUGCUUCCUUUUGGUACACUAUUGUUACCAUGACAACACUGGGUUAUGGUGACAUGGUGCCCAAGACAAUUGCUGGGAAGAUAUUUGGCUCCAUUUGCUCCCUGAGUGGGGUGCUGGUCAUUGCUCUGCCGGUUCCAGUCAUUGUUUCCAACUUCAGCCGAAUUUACCACCAGAACCAGAGAGCCGACAAGCGGAGAGCACAGAAGAAAGCCCGGCUUGCACGGAUUCGAGUGGCCAAAACAGGCAGCUCCAAUGCUUACCUUCACAGCAAGCGCAACGGCCUCCUGAACGAAGCCCUCGAGCUGACGGGAUCAACUGAAGAUGAACAGCAUAUGACUAAAGGCACCUCCUUAAUUGAAAGCCAACAUCACCACCUGCUGCACUGCCUGGAAAAAACAACUGGAUUGUCCUAUCUUGUGGAUGAUCCCCUGUUAUCUGUACGAACUUCCACCAUCAAGAACCAUGAGUUCAUAGAUGAGCAACUGUUCGAGCAGAACUGCAUGGAGAGCUCAAUGCAAAACUAUCCAUCUUCUCGGAGCCCCUCCUUGUCAAGUCACCAUGGCCUGACCACCUCCUGCUGUUCUCGCCGUAACAAGAAGACCACCCACCUUCCCAACUCCAGUGUGCCAGCCACUCGCCUCCGGAGUAUGCAGGAGCUCAGCACCAUCCACAUCCAGUGCAGUGAGCAGCCCUCACUUACAACAAGUCGUUCCAGUCUCAACAUGAAAUCAGAUGAUGGGCUGAGACCGAACUGCAAAACUGCCCAGAUAACGACAGCCAUCAUCAGCAUCCCCACGCCGCCGGCACUCACGCCAGAAGGUGAGAGCAGGCCUCCGCCCAGCAGCCCCGGCCACUCCACGAACAUUUCCACCACCACCACAAGCAACAUAGUCAAGGUCUCUGCCUUGUAAGACGUCUCAUGCACAGAAGGAGGCUGGAAGACCAGUGCCCCUCUCCCUCCACACCUCCAUGUUCCUUUCUUGCUGCAAAUUGUGCCUGGAUGGACCAACCUGACAUUUCGUCAUCGAAUUAGCAAUGGAGACCUAACGAGGCAGCUUUCUUCAGACUCGCAUUCAUGCUGUGGACUGAGGAAGGAUUAGGAAAGGGAAGAAGAGGCUGGUUAAAGGAAAAACCUGCAUGGAGAGCGUGUUGUGCCAUGGUACAGGGCAAAAAUCACCUGCAGAGGCUCGAGGGAAAGAAUCAUCAUGGCAACAAGAGAGUCAAUAAAGAAAACAGAAAUAUAACACUGUGUAUCGCAGCACCUUUUUAAAGGUUUUUAAUGGAUAAUAUUUAUUCAUGAGGAAAUGACUGAAAAGGUGAAAAACAAUGGAUUUUGUGAAUUUUUUUUUCUUCAUGGAGCAGAACCUUUAAACCAACCAAAAUUUCACAUUUUUUUUCUUUUAUAGGAAAAGAUUUAGACAAAGAAGCCACCUGUCACAGAAAUCUAUUUCCAUUCCUCUGUGUGUGUGCGUGCGAGUGUACAACAGAACCACAUCAGAGCCACACUGAAUUACAAAGAGUAGCGCAUGUGUCCAUGAUUGGGUGCACAGUAGAAAAAUUCAAGCUUGUGUCAGCACAUAUAUGUGCACACGCACACACACACACACAACUAUUUCACCCUGGAUGGCAUUCUUUAUUUAGACAAUUUUGUAUCCGCCUUUUAAGUCAAUACAGUGCAAUUGCAAACAGUGUGUUUGUCUGCUAAUUAUUGUCUGUGAAAACAUAUCUGUGGAAAAAAAAAAAAGACAGGCUUUAGUAGAGUUUUAGUCCCACAUGGGUAUCUGCUUUCUAUUUUUGUUAUCACUUACUUGUAAGAGUGUGACUAGACUACCAGUUCUGUAUUUUUAAAAAGGAAAAAAAAAAGUAGGAUUCUUUUUUAAUACUGUACACACAAAUGGCAAAGAAUGAGAAAGCACUGAACUCAACUGCAUCAAGCGUUCAUAAGUCUAACAGGUUUCUUGUAAUGUAUCCCCAUGCUUUUUAAUUUUUGUUUUCUAUAUAUAAAUUUCUUUGCUAGCACUGGACAUACAACCCAUUGUAAAUAGUAGCCAAAUAAUGUCUGGAUCUAUACUUGAUAAUAAUUAACCCAAGAGCCAAAUAUCUUGCAUGGACAGGGAGGUAUUUGGCUUUUUCACAGUCUUAGGGCUCCAGUUGUCUCAUCAAUGGCUUCUGGGUGGCACUGAUUUUGGGGGCAGACUAGCUUAGCAAUUUUAGUUCUCCAGUCCCAGCACAAGAUCUACAGCAUGCAUCGACUUGAGAAAGGGGAGCAGUACUGGAGUUUGGAAUGUGUGGUACAGACAGCAUUUUCUUUUUGCAGUUCUACACUUAGUUUGGGAAGUCACGCACUUCUACUCAACCAAAAACAGAAGUAGCACUGUGUGGUACUGCCAAGAAGCUAAUACUUCUAACUAAGCUGUGGUCAGUCCUAGCACCUCUUUCUGAGAGCCUUCUAGGAAUGAUUUAUUGUAAGGAAAUACAUGGUCCUGAAACAUCACUGAUUUUUUCCCCCCUUAAGAAGAGUAACUUUUUUCUUCCAUUCUGCCUUUCUCAAGUCCCCUUUUCAUAAGAGGUGUGAUCCAUGAAGGGCAGAGUGAGUAACAUCAUCCACCUUUUCACUUGUCAUACACUGUUUGGCUAAUUAUUGUGGUCACGCACAAAUGCCUCUUCGAGGCCCUAUACCCAUGAAUGGCGAUGCACCUAGCCCCCAACAGCUUGUAGAUAAUAAGGAAACAUUUCAAGUGUCCUGUUUCUGAACAGUGAUUUUACCAACAUUAGAGUUAAAAGAACUACUCAAAGCAUGUUUGAGGCUGCUUCAGCAAAGGGAUGACUUUUUUUUAACAUCUGUCAUAAUCUAUCCUGAUGUAAUAUUUAUAUACACAUAUACACGCAUACACAUAUAAAUAAAUACAGACACAUACAUGUAUAGAUAGAUAAAUAGACCUACAUGCUGACUUAAACAUAUGAGCUAGCAAUCUGCUUUGUUAGCACUCCUAACCUAUUAGUCUAUAGAGUGGACUCAGAUGGCUGAUGCAUUAACUCAAUACCCUCCUUAGAAACCUACAACAUUCUAGGAAUAUUAGGGCUAUGGCUAAGCCUUCAGUAGCUGCACCAGCUUAUAGUCAUUUAUUCCAGUGCUGUAAUACGUUACCCAAAACUAUGUUUAGUCCUGUUUUAAAUGAUUAAAAUGCUCUGCCUUCGCUGCUUCCUGUAGGAGGUUAUACUGCAGUUAAUCUUACCAUUAUUGAGUUUUUCUUGAUGUUUUAAUUUAAUCUUUCCUUUGCUUUAAUUUCAUUAUUUGUCAUCAUCUGCUCCCCAUCUGAACACCCUCACCCUUGUAGAUCAGAGGCCUUGCUCUCCACCACUUACCACCUUGCAACCUCAUUUACACUGGCACAGAAUGAGGGUUAAAUGCUACCAUGCUGACAGGGUACAGUGUUCCUUCCAAUGCGCAGGAGUAAAUGAUUACAAAGAGUCAGGGACUCAACAUGGAUUCUCGGUGCUGCCUUUCUUAUUCCUGAUUUACUGUGGAGUGGUAAACAAGCCACUUCAUCUCUCUGCACCCAUUUCUUUAUCUGUAAAUAGCAAUCAUGGCAGCCCUCGUCUAAAGCACUACUGGUUCAUUUAAUUGCUAUCAAUCAAAAUGCUUUUUGGAAAAAAAAAAAAAAAAAGAAAAAAAUCAACAUUUUUAAGGGGGCAGGGGCAGGGGGGGCGGUGAAAAGUAAGGAGGAAAGCCAGUCCUUGGGGUUUCUGGCUGGCUGCUUGGGCUCAGAUUGUCAAGGCAGCCAUGGCCUUUGUUCUCUUCCACAGAAGGGGAAUCACUGUUAUCCUUGCUCAAAAAUACACGGCUUGCCUCUUCUACCAUUAACUUAGCAGGUGCUGCCCCAUGCAGUCAGUAUCUCAGCACAGACUUUCAGAGGAUAAAGACAGAUAAAAUUAAGGAAGUCUGAGCCUAGAAGAACAGGGCUAAAAAUAUUUUUAAUGGAGGCAUUAGUUCCCUUUAUACACUGAUUUGAAGUAGACUGAGUAAUGCUUCCGAAAGCACUUGAAAAUAUGCUAGUACAAAACCUCCCUGGAUGGCCCAACACAGCUACAUCCUCAUUAUGAGAGCACUGUGCAUUCAUUGAAACAGCAAAGACAAGAAUCUAUCGCCAUUGUAUCAGUGGUUGGUAGGGCAUAACAUAGCAUCCUUCAAAUGAAACGCAGGGAGGAAGGGAAAGCAUUUGCACAGAAGAGCAUGGGAAUUGCACUACAGCCACUUAUUUCUACAAGAAAGGGAGGCAAUUAGCUUUAUGAAACUGCAAGGCUCUUUAUAAUCUUUAAAUAGCAACUUAUAAACCAUUGCUGAGAUAAGGCCAAGUCACUCCUGAAAAUUCCUAGGCCAGAACUUUAACUGAAGGAUUUGGACCAUUCUCUCCAGCGGUCCCCAGUACUGCCCUGUCUUACCAGCAACCCUCUCCCUUUCCCCAGGGCCAUACACAUACAUUGACACGGAUACAAAAACCAGCACAUACCCCUGCAAUCCUGGUCAUUCCUGAUGCAUAUGGAAGGGGGCUUCUUCAGGUGUGGGCUACCUCCGGGAGAAGAAGCAUCCAGAAACAUAGGUAGGUUCUAGUCCUGAUACCUUUCUGAAAGGCAGGUGGUACAAAACAGCCUGAUUAGCAAGACUGCUCAACAAAACAUCAAUAGUAUGUUGGCAGUUCAUUUCAAAAGCCUUCCCCCCUCCCCCUAAUUCCUUACAACUUUUUAUAGUUUUAGAAAAGUUCAUUAAAAAAAAGAUAAAAAUGGAUUGUUUGUACAAAAAGCAAGUGGAAGGGGAUUAUUUUUUCAGUCUUUCAUAAAGCAAUAUUAAAAAUAUCAAAGAAGCAACACCUUUUCCCAAGCAUUUUGUUUCCUUUCCAAAGCCUUUUCUGAGGGAAAAAUAUUUUCACAGGUUUUCAGCAUAUUCUAUUAAUAGAUUUACUCUCUUCUCACCUGGCAUUGGGCUGCUAAUAGAAGGAAUCACACCCAAUUGGCAAAGAAUGAUGAGAAAUACCUUUCACAUCUAGGCUUUGACUUCCAUCUACUCUUUCUAAAAUCCACCUUUUACUUUCAUUUUCCUUAAAAAUCUUAAGGACAGCCAUAAAGAAGAGGCCACAGAUAACACGUCUUGGCACAUAAAAAUUAAAGAAUUAAAAAAUUUAAUCCACCCUCUGCUAGCACAAGAUCCUUUGCUGCAAUAUAUUGCAUUGCUUUCUCUAGAUUAGAUUGAAAAUUCUCCAAGGAAAGGACCCCCACUGCUUCCCUGGAGAGCUUAUUCCAGGCUAAUAGAUCUCAAUGUCAAGGAUUUUUCCCCUGCUGUUCAGCCAUAACUCUUUCCUUAUUUUUUCCUCUCUUGCUGCCAUUAUACUCUCUCGCACCAUGUUAAAUUAUUCUCCUUUCCACAUGGUAGGUUAGCUGCCUACAAGCAUAAGAGGAAUAUAAAAUUUUCUACAGCAAAUUCUUAUCCCAGAGACUACUUUUGUCUGCCAAAUAAUUAUCAUUGUUAAAAGCGAACUGAGGAAAAGGUAAACUAAGUUACACAGAUGGCUUUAGCGUGGAAUAAAGUUAGUAGGUAAUUCAAAAUAUAUCCUUUACAGUUGGCCAGAAAUACUAAAUUUGAAUCAAUGCUACUUGUUAAACCUGAAACAGUUGAUAAUAUACUUGUACUGCAAACCAGCAUUUAUCGUUCUAGUUUAGACAGCUUAAGGUGUACACAUGAAAAUCAGAUUAAUACCAGCUAAAGAAAGCAAUGUUUCUUCAAAUAUUUUGCUUUUUUAAGUAAACAGGUUGUAAACAUGUUGUAACUUACAUGUAUUAUAAAGCAAAUUCAGUAAAUUAAAAAUCACAUUUAAUUUAUGGGUUGCAACAUCCCUUGGAUCCUGUAAUAUUUUUUUUAUGUCAGACUAUGGCAGAGUUACAAAGUCAGCAUUCAUGGAUGGCUUGCAAAUAUCAGCAAAUUUGAAGUGAAAACUUUAUUCUGCUUUUGAAGUUUGGUGAAUAAUAUAACUUUUCCACAUAAUUUACCAAUCAAAUAUAAUGUAAUUGAUUUUUUUUCUUAAAAUAACUUAUUUUUCUCCAACACUUUAAGCAACCGCACUAGAUACAUGACUUCAGAGCUCAAGUUUUUAGGCUUCACAUUUAAUGCUGCCAUAAACACUCUUCAUAAUGGUUUUAUUUUUCUAAAACUUCAAGAGCAAACAGAAGGCAGUAUGCACAUCGAUUAGAGCUAGGAGACUUGCAUCAGGAACCUAUGUUCUACUCCUGAUUGUCUUGAUGAAUCACUAAGUGACCUCGAAAAAGUCAUUUCACCUCUCUUUGCCAAUUAUACAAGCUGUAUAGAAUUUAAUACCUCCUCUUUCAAUAAGUGAAGCUCAAUUCAUGAACACCUACAAAAUACAUACAGAAUUCCGGAGAAAGUGUUACCAGAAGAGUACUGCUACUUACGUUCAGAAUGCAAAAACUGUGCCAGAAAAACUUCAGGUGGAACAGUCAAAAGACCAGGUGACAAAGAGCUUGUGAAAAUUCCUUCUCGAGUUUUGUUCUCAGUCAAUAGUCUGUUACUUUGUGUGUAUAUGUGUGCACGUGUUUCUUUUGAGUUAAACUAGUGCUAGUCACGGAAGUCACACAGCUGUCUGGGUGAGAAGUUAACAACCCUAUCAAAUGCUCUUCUCCAUUCUGUUGCAACUAUGACUAGGAGCUUCCAUGGGCUCCUCGGACCAAUGAAGUAUCUUACAAAAUGCGUGUGAUGGUAUAUUUUUGAUAAAUCAGUAAGGCAUUCCAAUGCAAUGGUGUUUUCUUUAGAAGUUUUAUGUUAUGAAAGGCUCUCAACCUUAUUAUUUUCUAUUUUCGUACUAUAAAUGGGCUUUGCUUACAAACAUCAGAGGACAGAUACAAAAUGUACUGUAUACAACUGCAGGUAGCUUCGAGAACAACUUUCUAGAAGAAUCAAGUUUCCUGUUGUCUUCUUUUGGAAUUGUAGUGCAUAUGUUGAAACUUGUAUAUCAUUUACAGUAUUGAGUCUUGUGCCACUGCUGUACCUGAUGUAUCCAAUCUGGAUUAAACAGAGUAUGUGCCACAAA